AUCUAUUCUUAGGUGGUAUCAGAGCACGACUGAACAGUGCCUUGUUGUGGUGUGGGGAAAGCAGCACAGCAUGGCUUACAGCGUGACUCUGAACGGACCUGGACCGUGGGGCUUCCGCCUGCAAGGGGGCAAGGACUUCAACAUGCCCUUGACCAUCUCCAGAAUCACCCCUGGCAGCAAGGCAGCACAGUCACAGAUGAACCAGGGGGACCUUGUGGUGGCCAUUGAUGGAGUCAACACUGACAGCAUGACCCACCUUGAGGCCCAGAACAAGAUCAAAUCAGCCAGCCACAACCUGAGCCUCACUCUUCAAAAAUCUAAGCGUCCAGUGCCAGUUUCAACCACAGCUCCCAGAAUUGACUCUCCCCGGGCUGUAAUCCCCCACCAGAAGGUCAUAACCAACACCGCUGCCAACCCGGAGUUCACGGAGCGUUUCAACCCCAAUGUCCUGAAGGACUCUGCCCUGUCUACACACAAACCCAUUGAGGUGAAGGGCCUUGGUGGCAAGGCUACUAUAAUUCACGCCCAGUAUAACACCCCGAUCAGCAUGUAUUCCCAGGAUGCUAUCAUGGAUGCAAUUGCAGGCCAGGCACAAGCCCAGGGUGGAGAAUUUGCUGGUACCCUCCCUCUCAAAGACCCUCACGUAGACAGUGCCUCCCCGGUGUACCAGGCUGUGCUGAAAACUCAGAACAAGCCCGAGGAUGAGAGCGAGGACUGGAGCCGCCGCUCCGCCAACCUGCAGUCCAAGUCCUUCCGCAUCCUCGCCCAGAUGACUGGGACAGAGUACAUGCAAGAUCCAGAUGAAGAAGCCCUGAGGAGGUCAAGGGAGAGGUUUGAAACGGAACGUAACAGCCCACGCUUUGCCAAAUUGCGCAAUUGGCAUCACGGCCUGUCAGCGCAGCUCCUUAAUGUCAAAAGUUAAAAGCCCACGUUUCUGGGGCAAACACAGACAGAGUUACAGUCACACAUUAACUGCUGUCCUGAGUUAGAGCCCCAGCGUGUCCCACACGCUGCUGGGGCCUUGCUCUGUAGGUUUCUGUCGUUAGCCUGUUAGCCAUUCACUGUCACCACAACUAAAAAUAACAAUACAACCCAGGUCGUGUUCUUCAUUUCAAAGUAGUUUAGCUUUACUCCUUUACUAUCUCAAACUUCAGUAUACAGGAAAACAUCACUAUUGUAGUCCCUUAACUUUAGGAGAAAAUUAGAGGGAAGUUGCUGACAGUAUUUCUUUAGGAGGAAGAAGAAUGAGACUUUUACUGAGUUUUACUGUAAAGAUAAUGAAGUAGGAGAAAGAAAGUUGAAAAGAAAAACUGACUGGCCUAGACCUUGCUAAAUGUACGACAUACUUAGUUUGCAUAGUUGAAUGAUGCUGUUUUAAAUAAGAUAUUAGCAAUGUGAAGUUGUAUUUCUUCAAUAUAUUAUACUGGUAGAGGUUAUUUGCUGAAACCAUUGCUGUAAGUUUUGUGUUGGAAAAUUGAAUUUAUCAUUAUAUAAAAGUGAGAGAUAGCUGGGGUUGCUCAGGAUCUGCGAGGAAAUGACAUUUUGCUAGAGGUGAUUUAGGAGUGAGAAGAAUAUAUCAUACUACUGUUGCACUGAAGCUUUUAAAAGCAUCUUUUAAGAUUUAAGGAAUAUGUUGCCCAUUCUGUAUUGCUCUUGCUUUGACCCACACUUUUUCUGUAUAUAGCAGCAUGCUUUAUCUGAAAUAAAACAUUUUAAAACUAAAAUAA